AGCUGUAAUCGGUAUAUGUAGUUACUCGGAACAUUGCCAAUAAAAGUCAGCUGAUCUGUUUAUUUACGUCGGUGCUAAAACAACUCAAUAUAAAACUAAUAUCAGACUGAUAAAUCAUUUGCUUAUAUCAGACUGUCAAAUAGUGCAGCGAGACUUACUGAUAUAGAUCCACGAUAAAGCGCACGAUGCAGGAUCACGCAGAGUAUGAGUUCACUGAUAAUUUCAAGCUUCCAGAAAAAGCCAUAAAGGACUUUGAAGAAUAUGGAUAUAUUCUUGUCAGGGGUCUGUUGGACAAAGAAGAAAUCAACAAAGUAUUGACUGUGUUACAGAGCAGUGACGCAAUGAUGAAAGAAAAUUAUGAAUUUGAGGAGGUCAACAAAGAUAAAAAGACGCAAAGGAUAAUUUGGUCACACCCAGGUAGUGACGUCACAGGAAUGGUUGCUCGCAGUGAAAAGGUAGCGGGGACGUGUGAACAGCUGUUGGGAGGAGAAGUGUACCACUACCAUGGAAAGAUGAUACUUAAAGGUGCACAGAAAGGAGCUCGGCAUUUAUGGCACCAGGACUAUGGGUACUGGUACAAUAACGGGUGCCUCUUUCCUGAUAUGAUGACAGUUUUCAUUCCAUUAGACCCGUGUAAAAAGGAAAACGGCUGCUUGCAAAUUCUCGAGGGUUCGCAUAAGUGUGGUAGGAUUGACCAUCAUCCUGUCCUUAAACAGGCAGAGGCAGAUUUGCAACGAGUGGAAGAGGUCAAGAAAACCUGUCCCCACAAGUUCGUCGAAAUGAAUCCGGGUGAUGCCUUAUUUUUCCAUUGCAAUUUAUUGCACCACAGUUCUGACAAUAAUAGCAACAUGCGUAGAUGGGUGUAUAUUUGUACGUACAACAAAGCUAGCAAUGACCCCGUCAUAGAUCACCAUCAUCCGCGUUAUACUCCCCUUGUUAAGGUUCCUAAUUCUGCAAUAAAAGAGUGUACCAAUUUCACCGAUAUGAGCGGGAAGGAAUUCAUUCACCCUAACCGUAACGCCAGCCUGACGUCACACAUUCAGAUUGUACAUUAGCCGUUUGUUUUACCAGAAAUGAAGAAACUAAGAGACCAAAUAAUAAACUGUUUAAAUGCAGUAUAUCUUAACAAAAAAAAAGAAACUUUUAAUUCAUGAAGGUUUAAUUAUCGCACAAAUAAUCAGAAUGCACCGAGAAAUAAACUAUUUUAUGUACUUAUACUUAAAAAUACUGAAAUUAUAUCGUAACUGUAAUUUCAAAAAUUGAAGAACUAAGAACUGCCAGUCGAUUUUUUAUACUAAUUUCUAAAAAUUGGAUAAUUAAUGAAAUACAUUAAGCAGUA